AUGCACCAGAACCCCGCCUCCCGGCAGGAGGUGACGGGAAAAAGUUUCGGUGAGAAGGACUUCCGGAGCGGCCUGGAGAACGGGAUCCUGCUCUGCGAGUUACUGUGUUCCAUCAGACCAGGUUUGGUCCAGAAAAUCAACAGACUACCCUCGCCCAUCGCUGGACUGGACAACCUGUCAGUGUUCCUCAGAGGCUGUGAGGAGUUGGGUCUGAAAGGUUCCCAGCUGUUUAAUCCAGGAGACCUUCAGGACACCUCCAUACAAGCCAACCUCAGGGACUCAGAAUGCAGUAGAAAACUGAAGAAUGUAUUAAUUACAAUAUUCUGGCUGGGGAAGGCAUCCAGUGUGUGCCCCUCCUAUGACGGCCCUGUCCUAAACCUCAGAGAGUUUGAGGGACUGCGAUCACACAUGAGAACGCUGAGUGAGGACAGGUCUGGGUCAGACAGUGUGAGGCCAGGUGUGAGGGACAGUGGUUACGACUGCUGGGACUCAGAGCGGAGUCAGUCUCUCUCUCCCCGACAACACACACGGGACAACUCCCUGGACAGCCUGGAUUCUUUUGGCUCGCGCUCCCAGACUAGCCCCUCCCCGAUGUCAUCAUCCAUGGCAACAGUGAUGGUAAGGAAGGCAGAUGCCCCCAACAGGAAGGCAGAUGCCCCCAACAGGAAGGCAGAUGUCCGUCGUGAUGACAUGUUAGCUCGUCGUACGCCGGCCGGUGAAUCACGGACCUUUGUUCCCUUUAACCAGUUCCUGCCCAAUCGGAACGCUCUGCCUACGUUCCCACCGCCAGACGCAGAUCACGGCCCCAGGAUGGAGAGCACGGCAG